AUGCCCGUCUGUACAAACAGGGGAUGCGGCCAGGACUACGACCCGAAUAACAACAAAGGCGACAGCUGCACAUACCACCCAGGUGCACCAGUCUUCCACGAAGGGCUCAAGUCAUGGUCGUGUUGCAAGGAUGUGAACAAGCCCGUGCUCGAUUUCGACGAGUUCAUGAAGAUCCCGGGAUGUACGAACGGCCCGCACUCAGAUGCCGCACCCAAAACCGACACUGCCAAGCCAUCCAGCGGAGGCGCGAAUCUCAAGAUGACAGAGACCCAGGCAGGCGGGAAGGAGACAUACUCUACUACGCUCGCCCCGCAGCAGAUCGCGCUCUCAUCCGUGGCACCAGCCCCCGUCGCCCCCGAGCCAGAGCAGGAGGAGGAAGAUGACCUCAACGCGCCCGUCGCCCCCGACACGAAUUGCAAACGGAUUGGAUGCAAGACAGUGUUCGAGAGUGACGAAGUAAAUAGGAGGGGCGACGGGCCUGGAGCAACGUGUACGUACCAUCCCAAGGCGCCGAUCUUCCAUGAGGGUAGCAAGGGUUACUUGUGCUGCAAACGUCGCGUGCUCGAGUUCGACGAAUUUCUCAAGAUCGAAGGCUGCAAAACCGGCCGACACUUGUUCGUGCCCAAGACCAAGGAUACAUCUGCGGAGCAGUUCACGGAAUGCCGCGUCGACCACUAUCAGACUCCGGCGGACGUCCACGUCUCCGUAUUUGCCAAACAAGCAGAUAAGGAGCGGAGUAUAGUCAAGAUCGAGGAGAACUUCAUUCACCUCGACCUGUAUCUCCCGGCGUCGAAGCGGUUCAGGAAGUCGAUCGAGCUCUUCGGGCCUGUCGAUCCGUCGGCAUCGUCAUUCAAAUAUUAUGGCACAAAGAUUGAGGUCAGCCUCAAGAAAGCGGAUGCACGAAGCUGGCCAGUGCUCGAGAAAUCGACGCGAGAUCUGAGCAACAUCAACAUUACAUUUGGUGUCGGUGGCAGGACGGGUACGAUCGGCGCGAAGGAGAUCAUCUUAGACGACCAAAGCAAGGUCAAGGCAGCCCCGCUGCCACCGAAGGCGUAG